GGGGAGACACAGAGAACCUUCGUAAUCAUAAUUGGUAUGGACUUGUUGUCCGGGACGUAUAUAUUUGCGGUCCUGUUAGCAUGCGUCGUGUUCCAGUCUGGCGCCCAGGAGAAGAACUACACCAUCCGAGAAGAAAUGCCAGAAAACGUCCUGAUAGGCGACUUAUGGAAAGACCUCAAUUUGUCGCUGAUUCCAGACAAGUCCUUAACGUCGCCCAUGAAGUUUAAGCUAGUGUACAAGACCGGGGAAGUGCCACUGAUUCGAAUUGAAGAGGAUACUGGUGAGAUCUUCACUACUGGAGCUCGCAUUGAUCGUGAGAAAUUAUGUUCCGGUAUCUUGAUGGAUGGCCAAUGCUUUUAUGAAGUCGAGGUUGCCAUUUUGCCAGAUGAAAUAUUUAGACUGAUUAAGAUACGUUUUCUGAUAGAAGACAUAAAUGAUAAUGCACCAUUAUUCCCGACAACGGUUAUCAACAUUUCAAUUCCAGAGAACUCGGCUAUCAACUCUCGAUUUGCUCUUCCAGCGGCCGUUGAUCCUGACAUAGGAAUAAACGGAGUUCAAAACUACCAUCUAAUUAAGGGUCAAAACAUUUUUGGACUAGAUGUCAUUGAAACACCGGAAGGAGACAAGAUGCCACAACUGAUUGUUCAAAAAGAGUUAGAUAGGGAAGAGAAGGAUACCUAUGUGAUGAAAGUAAAGGUUGAAGAUGGUGGCUUUCCUCAAAGAUCCAGUACUGCUAUUUUGCAAGUAAGUGUUGCUGACACAAAUGACAACCACCCAGUCUUUAAGGAGGAGGAGAUUGAAGUCAGUAUACCAGAAAAUGCUCCUAUAGGUACUUCAGUGACACAGCUCCAUGCCACAGAUGCUGACAUAGGUGAAAAUGCCAGGAUUCACUUCUAUUUCAGCAAUCUAGUCUCCAACGUCGCCAAGAGACUAUUUCACCUCAACACCACCACUGGACUUAUCACAAUCAAAGAACCACUGGAUAGGGAAGAAUCACCAAACCACAAGUUACUGGUUUUGGCAAGUGAUGGCGGAUCAAUGCCAGCAAGAGCAAUGGUGCUGGUAAAUGUAACAGAUGUCAAUGAUAAUGUCCCAUCAAUUGACAUAAGACACAUCAUAAAUCCAAUCAAUGGCACUAUAGUUCUUUCAGAAAAUGCUCCACUCAACACCAAAGUUGCACUCAUAACUGUGACAGAUAAGGAUGCUGACCAUAAUGGUAGGGUGACAUGCUUCACAGAUCAUGAAGUCCCUUUCAGAUUAAGGCCAGUCUUCAGUAAUCAGUUCCUCCUGGAGACUGCUGCAUAUCUUGACUAUGAGUCCACAAAAGAAUAUGCCAUUAAAUUAUUGGCCGCAGAUGCUGGCACACCUCCUUUGAAUCAGUCAUCCAUGCUUCUCAUCAAAGUGAAAGAUGAAAACGACAAUGCUCCAGUUUUCACCCAACCUUUCAUAAGUCUUUCUGUUCCUGAGAAUAAUUUUCCUGGCUCCCAGUUGACAAAAAUAAGUGCAACAGAUGCAGACAGUGGGCGUAAUGCUGAGAUCAAUUACCUGCUAGACACUGAUGCUCCACCUGAAUUCAGCGUGGAUCGUCGUACAGGCAUUUUGACUGCACUGAAGAAACUCGAUAGAGAAAACCAGGAAAAAUAUUUCUUCACAGCUCUUGCAAAAGAUAAUGGGGUGCCACCCUUAAUAUCCAAUGUCACAGUCUUUGUGACGGUUCUUGAUCAGAAUGACAACAGCCCACUUUUCACUCACAAUGAAUACAACUUCUAUGUCCCAGAAAACCUUCCAAGACAUGGCACAGUAGGACUAAUAACUGUAACCGAUCCUGAUUAUGGAGAGAAUUCUGCAGUCACUCUCUCCAUUUUAGACGUGAAUGAUGACUUCACCAUUGACCCACAGACUGGUGUCAUCCGACCAAAUAUUUCAUUUGAUAGAGAAAAACAAGAAUCUUACACUUUUUAUGUAAAGGCUGAGGAUGGUGGUAGGGUAUCACGUUCUACAACUGCCAAAGUAACCAUAAAUGUGGUUGAUGUCAAUGACAACAAACCAGUUUUUGUUGUCCCUCCUUCCAACUACUCCUAUGAAUUGGUUCUACCAUCUACUAAUCCAGGCACAGUGAUCUUCAAAGUUGUUGCUAUUGACAAUGACACUGGCAUGAAUGCAGAGCUUCGUUACAGCAUUGUAGGAGGAAACACAAAAGAUCUGUUUACAAUUGACGAAACAACAGGCAACAUCACACUGCAGGAGAAAUGUGUUGCUACAGAUCUUGGUUUACACAAACUGAUAGUCAAAGCUGAGGACUUAGGACAACCUGAUUCUCUCUUCAAUGUUGUAACUGUCAAUCUGUUUGUGAAUGAGUCAGUGACCAAUGCUACACUGAUUCAUGAACUGGUACGCAAAAGCAUUGAAACACCAGUGACCCAGAAUAUUGAGACAGCUGAUACAUCCUCACCAACCAGUGACUAUGUCAAGAUCGUGGUUGCCAUUGUUGCUGGCACCAUAACUGUCGUCUUAGUUAUUUUCAUUGCUGCUGUAGUAAGAUGUCGCCAUUCACCACACCUUAAGGCUGCUCAGAAAAACAAGCAGAAUUCUGAAUGGGCUACUCCAAACCCAGAAAACAGGCAGAUGAUAAUGAUGAAGAAAAAGAAGAAGAAGAAGAAGAAGCAUGCCCCUAAGAACCUACUGCUUAACUUUGUCACUAUCGAAGAAACCAAGGCAGAUGAUGCUGACAAUGAUGGAAACAGUGUCACACUAGACCUUCCCAUUGAGCUGGAAGAGCAAACCAUGGGCAGGUACAACUGGGGCACCACACCUACUACUUUCAAGCCCGACAGCCCUGACUUGGCCCGACACUACAAAUCUGCCUCUCCACAGCCUGCCUUCCAGAUCCAGCCUGAAACUCCCCUGAAUUCAAAGCACCACAUCAUCCAGGAACUGCCUCUUGAUAACACCUUCGUGGCCUGUGAUUCCAUCUCCAAGUGUUCCUCCAGCAGUUCUGAUCCCUACAGCGUUUCUGAGUGCAGCUAUCCAGUGACAACUUUCAAGACUCCUGUGUCUGUACACACCAGACCGACUGAUUCCAGGACAUCAACUAUUGAAAUCUGCAGUGAGAUAUAACUUUCUAGGAACAACAUAAUUCUUUUCCCCUUCCAAAAAAUUUCAAUGAUUUGUGAUUUCAAAAUUUGGCUAACAUCAUUAAUUUUGUAAUCUGGAUUUCCCAUUAUAAUAGCAAGCAAAACAAAAACCACAUUGAAAAUGAUGUCCCAGUGAACCUUGUGCUUUCAUUAGCUGUAAUCUGGCAAUGGAAAUCUAAAAUUUAUGGAAGAAACAGUAUAGUAUAAUAACAGAGUUCUAUCAUGUUGCUUCUCUGUUUUCUUGCUCUGAAUGUCAACAACUGUGAUGUAAUAUAAUGCGAUCUGGAUGUACACACCGAUGGUUAAUAUAUCAAUCUUGAAACAUGGAAUUACUUGCCCUGUGUGAUUACUGAGGAGUUUAAACAUCAUCUCUGUGAGUUUGGAAGUGAAGCUGAACUAUCCAAGCUACCCUUUGAAAGGUAUUCAGGACAAGAGUUUUUUUUAAGACCCCCAAAACAAAGAAAUGAACAAAACCAAAAAAUCUUUAGUGCAGUGUUUUAAAAAUAUUCACUAACAUAGUGUUGCUGAGAAAAUCAUAAUUACCCACUACUCUGCUUAA